UCUUCUACCUUUAUUCUUUCGCCACUUUUUAGGGUUUCAAUUGAACCCGUCCCUCCCUUAUUCUUCUUCUUCUUCCCCAUUUCGACUCAGCAGACUCUGUAUAGCUUUCGGUUUUGGAAUUUCUGUCAAUUCGAUUGUUGGGGGUUUCAAUUUGGGUUUUGUGGAGUAAAGAAUCUAGGGUUUUAAAUUGGGGGUUUGUUGUUGGCUAGCUGAUUCUCACUAAGAUUGUGUCUUUUCUUGUGUGGGUUGUGGGAGUUUGUUGAUUGUGAGUUUGGAUUCUGCUUGAGAAAGAUGCAAGUGAUCAUCGGAUCUUGGACGGUUUGAUCGCCGCUCUUGGCGAGCGAGUUAACAAAUUGAGGGGGUUGGGGUUCUUGUAUGGAAACUCGGAGCCGGAAGCGGGCGGAGGCCUCCUCAGCUGCCCCUUCAUCUUCGUCUUCUGGUCUCGCUACCCGUUCUAGCAAGCGUACCCGUGUAUCUGCCUCUUCGACCUCGAACGCUGCCACAGCUCCUGCCGCCGCCGCGGCCGCCGUUGUUUCAACCCGUUCCCGUUCCUCUAGGACUCUCAACGAGUUAUUGCCCUCUUCUGCUCCCAUGGAUAAUACCAAUGAAUCAUCUGGCUCGCGUGGCCGUGAUCGUCGCUCUAAGAAUUCUGACAAGGAUGGUUCAGAUAAAGGAAAGGAGAAAGAACACGAGGUUAGGGUUAGGGAUAGAGAGAGAGAAAGGGAAAGGGAAGCUGAAAGAAACCUGGGGUUGAAUAUGGAGAGUGGAGGUAAUGGGGACGACGAUGAUAAUGAUAGUGAAGGUGGUAUGAAUAAUUUGCACCAAAAUUUGACUUUUUCUGCAAGUAGUGCACUUCAAGGGCUUCUUCGGAAGAUCGGAGCUGGGCUCGAUGAUCUACUACCAUCAUCGGCCAUGGGAUCAGCAUCUUCAUCACACCAGAGUGGUCGGCUUAAGAAGAUUCUAUCUGGGUUGCGAGCUGAUGGGGAAGAAGGAAAGCAAGUCGAGGCUUUGACUCAACUAUGUGAAAUGCUUUCUAUUGGGACCGAGGAAUCGCUCAGCACAUUUUCCGUGGAUUCAUUUGUUCCGGUGCUUGUGGGACUGCUUAAUCACGAAAGCAAUCCCGAUAUUAUGCUUCUUGCUGCCAGGGCACUCACUCAUCUAUGUGACGUGCUACCCUCAUCCUGUGCUGCGGUGGUCCAUUAUGGUGCAGUCUCGUGCUUUUGUGCAAGAUUACUAACGAUAGAGUAUAUGGAUUUAGCUGAACAGUCUCUGCAAGCUCUUAAAAAAAUAUCUCAGGAGCACCCAACUGCCUGUUUGCGUGCUGGUGCUCUCAUGGCAGUGCUUUCAUAUCUGGAUUUCUUCUCUACAGGAGUUCAGCGUGUGGCCUUGUCUACUGCUGCAAACAUGUGCAAGAAACUUCCCUCUGAUGCAGCGGAUUUUGUGAUGGAAGCUGUACCGCUGUUGACAAACCUACUUCAAUAUCAUGAUUCAAAUGUGUUGGAGCAUGCUUCUGUUUGUUUGACUCGGAUUGCUGAAGCAUUUGCAUCCUCUCCUGAUAAACUAGACGAGCUGUGUAAUUACGGACUUGUGACACAAACUGCCUCGCUCAUAUCGACCAGCAGUUCUGGAGGUGGACAAUCAUCUCUUAGCACACCUACAUAUACGGGAUUAAUCCGACUUCUCUCCACUUGUGCAAGUGGGUCCCCAUUGGGGUCUAAAACAUUACUUCUUCUGGGGAUCAGUGGUAUCCUUAAAGAUAUACUAUCCGGUUCUGGCAUUUCUGCUAACUCUUCAGUUUCACCUGCUUUGAGUAGGCCACCAGAGCAGAUUUUUGAGAUAGUUAGCUUGGCAAAUGAGCUUCUUCCCCCACUGCCCCAAGGAACAAUUUCCCUCCCGGCUAGCUUCAACAUUUUCAUGAAGGCACCUGUUGCGAAGAAGUCUUCUGCUGGCAGUUCUGGGAAACAAGAAGAUUUAAAUGGAAAUGUUAGCGAAGUUUCAGCUCGUGAGAAAUUAUUGAAUGAUCAGCCUGAGCUUCUUCGGCAAUUUGGAAGUGAUCUACUUCCAGUUCUAGUGCAGAUUUAUGGUUCUAGUGUAAAUGGUCCUGUCCGCCACAAAUGUCUUUCUGUUAUAGGGAAAUUGAUGUACUUCAGUCCUGCAGAGAUGAUCCAGUCCCUAUUAAGUGUGACAAACGUGUCAAGCUUCUUAGCCGGUGUUUUGGCAUGGAAGGAUCCGCAUGUUUUGGUUCCUGCACUUCAAAUUGCUGAAAUUCUUAUGGAAAAACUUCCUGGAACUUUCUCCAAGAUGUUUGUAAGGGAAGGUGUGGUUCAUGCAGUGGAUCAACUUAUUGUAGCUGGUAGCCCCACAGUCACUGCCCAAGCAUCUUCUGCGGAGAAGGAUAAUGAUUCAGUGACCGGAUCAUCACGCUCUAGGCGUUAUAGACGACGUGGUGUUAGCUCUAAUCCUGAUGGUAAUUCAGUGGAGGAUACUAAGAAUUCUUUAGUAGUUGGUUCACCUCCAAGUUCAGUGGAGAUACCAACGGUUAAUACUAAUAUUCGAAUGGCAGUAAGUGCUUGUGCUAAAUCCUUUAAAGAUAAUUAUUUCCAGUCGGAUGCUGGCAGUGUUGAGGUUGGAGUGACUGAUGAUCUCUUGCUUUUAAAGAAUCUUUGCUUGAAGUUGAAUGCCGGUGUUGAUGACCAAAAGACUAAAGCAAAGGGAAAAUCCAAAGCUUCUGGGUCUCGCUUGGCAGAUUGUUCUGCAAAUAAGGAAGAGUACUUGAUUGGGGUAAUUUCUGAGAUGCUAGCAGAACUAAGCAAAGGGGAUGGCGUGUCCACUUUUGAGUUCAUUGGUAGUGGUGCUGUUGCAGCCUUGCUCAACUAUUUUUCUUGCGGAUACUUCUCCAAGGAACGGGUUUCAGAAGCUAACCUACCAAAGCUUCGCCAACAAGCACUGAGAAGAUUCAAGGCAUUUGUUGCAGUUGCUCUUCCUUUUAGUGUUGAAGGGAGUGCUGCUCCUAUGACUGUUUUAGUUCAGAAGCUUCAGAAUGCUUUGUCGUCAUUGGAACGUUUUCCUGUUGUGCUGAGCCAUUCAUCUAGAUCAUCCACUGGAAGUGCACGACUAUCCUCUGGACUUAGUGCAUUAUCUCAGCCAUUUAAGUUGCGCCUUUGUCGAUCCCAAGGUGACAAAUCCCUUCGCGAUUAUUCAUCGAAUGUUGUGUUGAUUGAUCCAUUGGCUAGCUUAGCUGCUGUAGAAGAGUUUCUGUGGCCUCGAGUUCAGCGAGGUGAAUCUGGUCAGAAGCCUUCAGCAUCUGGUGGGAACUCAGAAUCUGGUACUACACCCAUAGGAGCUGGUGCUUCAUCUCCAUCUACUUCUACUCCUGCUUCCACCACUCGUCGGGCCACUCGCUCUAGAGCAACUGUCAAUAUAGGUGAUGGUUCUAGAAAGGAACCACCGCAAGAGAAGAGUGCAAGCUCAUCAAAAGGAAAGGGUAAAGCAGUUUUGAAACCUUCUCAAGAGGAGGGAAGAGGACCUCAAACUAGAAAUGCUGCACGUAGAAGAGCAGCUGUAGAUAAAGAUGCUCAACUAAAACACACAAAUGGGGACACUACUUCAGAGGAUGAGGAAUUGGAUAUAUCACCUGUUGAGAUUGACGAGGCUUUGGUAAUUGAAGAUGAUGAUAUCUCGGAUGAUGAAGAUGAUGACCAUGAUGAUGUUCUCAGAGAUGAUUCUUUACCUGAUUGCAUGCCCAUUCCUGACAAAGUUCAUGAUGUCAAAUUGGGUGACUCAGCUGAGGACAGCAGUACAGCUCAAGCAACAAGUGAUAGCCAGUCUAACCCUGCAUCUGGCUCUAGUAGUAGAGCUGCUGCAGUUAGGGGCUCGGAUUCCACUGAUCAUAGGAGUGGUAGUUCCUAUGGCUCUAGGGGUGCAAUGUCAUUUGCUGCUGCUGCCAUGGCUGGUCUUGGAUCUGCUAAUGGUAGAGGCUUCAGAGGAGGUCGAGAUCGACAUGGGCGUCCUCUUUUUGGUAGUUCUAAUGAUCCACCAAAAUUGAUCUUUACUUCCGGCGGGAAGCAACUUAAUAGGCAUUUGACCAUCUAUCAGGCUAUACAACGACAGCUUGUGCUGGAUGAGGAUGAUGAGGAGCGUUUUACUGGCAGUGAUUUCGUAUCAAGUGAUGGAAGCAGGCUGUGGAGUGAUAUAUAUACCAUUACAUACCAGAGGGCAGAUAGUCAAGCUGAAAGGGGUUCAGCUGGAGGAGCAAGCUCUAUUACUACAUCCAAAUCAACCAAAUUGGCAUCUGCUUCCAAUUCUAGCUCUGAUAGAAUGUCGCUGCUGGAUAGUAUUCUUCAGGGUGAGCUUCCAUGUGAUUUGGAGAAGUCUAAUUCUACUUACAAUAUAUUGGCACUACUACGUGUGUUGGAGGGCUUAAAUCAGCUUGCACCUCGUUUGAGGGCUCAGAUAAUUUCUGACAAUUUUGCUGAAGGGAGAGUUUCAAGUAUAGAAAACAUGAUUUCUACAGGUUCUCGUGUUUCUAUUGAGGAGUUUGUUAACAACAAGCUCACUCCUAAAUUAGCUCGACAAAUUCAAGAUGCUCUUGCAUUGUGUAGUGGAAGUCUUCCCUCAUGGUGCUACCAACUGACAAAGGCAUGCCCAUUCUUGUUUCCUUUUGAAACUCGCAGACAGUAUUUUUACUCAACUGCAUUUGGAUUAUCUCGUGCCUUGUAUCGUCUUCAGCAACAGCAGGGAGCUGAUGGUCAUGGAUCGGCAAAUUCUAGAGAGGUGAGGGUUGGGAGAUUGCAACGCCAAAAGGUUCGGGUCUCUCGAAACCGUAUUUUGGAUUCUGCAGCAAAAGUAAUGGAAAUGUAUUCAAGCCAAAAGGCUGUGCUUGAAGUUGAAUACUUUGGCGAAGUGGGCACUGGGCUGGGUCCUACUCUUGAGUUCUAUACUCUUUUGAGCCAUGAUUUACAAAAGGUAGGACUCAACAUGUGGAGGUCAAAUUUUUCAGUGGAGAAACCUUCUAUGGAAAUUGAUAUUGAUGAACAGAAACAUGGAAAAAACAACAAUGGUUCUGAACUUGGUUAUGCUGCUGGCAGUGGGGACCUUGUCCAAGCUCCUCUUGGUUUGUUCCCUCGUCCAUGGCCUCCAAAUGCCGAUGCUUCUGAUGGGAGUCAGUUUUUUAAAGUCAUUGAGUACUUCCGGCUAGUUGGGCGUGUUAUGGCCAAGGCUCUUCAAGAUGGACGACUGUUGGACCUUCCUCUGUCCACAGCAUUUUACAAACUUAUACUUGGUCAAGAGCUUGAUUUGCAUGAUAUUAUUUCCUUCGACGCUGAGUUGGGGAGGACUUUGCAAGAAUUGCAUGUCCUUGUGUGUCGCAAACAAUAUCUAGAAUCCAAUGGUGUCAGUGGUAGUGCCAUUGCUGACUUACGUUUUCGUGGGGCUCCAAUUGAAGAUCUUUGUUUAGAUUUCACACUUCCUGGCUUUCCAGAUUAUGUGCUGAAAGGAGGAGAUGAAAAUGUUGAUAUUAACAACUUGGAAGAAUACAUAUCCUUGGUUGUUGAUGCAACAGUCAAGACUGGAAUCAUGCGGCAAUUGGAAGCAUUUAAGGCGGGUUUCAAUCAGGUAUUUGACAUCUUAUCUUUACAAAUAUUCACACCGUAUGAGUUGGACCAUCUACUUUGUGGGCGUAGAGAGAUGUGGGAGGCGGAAACACUUUCUGAUCACAUCAAAUUCGAUCAUGGUUACACCGCCAAGAGUCCUGCAAUUGUGAAUUUGCUUGAGAUUAUGGGAGAGUUCACACCUGAACAGCAGCGGGCCUUCUGCCAGUUUGUCACUGGUGCACCUAGGCUUCCACCGGGUGGUCUAGCAGUCUUAAAUCCGAAACUCACCAUUGUCAGAAAGCAUUCCUCCUCUCCAAGUAAUGCAGCAUCUAAUGGAACAGGGCCUUCAGAAUCAGCAGAUGAUGAUUUACCUAGUGUCAUGACAUGUGCUAAUUACUUGAAGCUUCCUCCUUACUCUACCAAGGAAAUCAUGUACAAGAAACUAGUCUAUGCAAUCAGUGAAGGGCAAGGAUCCUUUGAUUUGUCCUGAUGAGAUUUUGGGCUAACUCAUUUUACCUGUGUAUAUUACACCACAACAAUCCGGGUCAUUUCCCCUUGCCUUCUGGGAUAAUUUUGAUGUUGAAAUUGAAAAGUAGAGAGUCCUACUUGCUAAAUAAUAAAAGGCUUCUUUUGGUGACCUCGUAAGCUCUAGUGCCUUUAUCAAGGUUAGUUGGACAACAACCACAUUCUUAUAAGAGGCUGUAAAGGAAAAUCCACAAGCACUUUUUUUCUUUUUCAUGUCUUUCUUUUCCGGCUGCAUUGCAGGAGUUGCUGCUUGUAAAUAAAAUAGGAAUUUAUGGGUUUUAUUUUUCGUUCUUUUUUUCUUUGGUCAACUCACUUGGCUGGUAGAAUAUACAUGUAUUUGCAUAAAUGAUGAAAGGGAAGAAAGAGCCAACAUUUGAAAUA